ACGGGACAGUGAGCGAGUUCAGCCACGGAGGUCUACUUCAGGAUCUACUCUGUGGAUACCACUGAGACUUUGAGGACUAAGAUGUUUCCUUCAAUGCCGUAUGUUCCUGCCUCCAUGGCUUCUCAGGAACUCUCAUCCACAACCUCAACGACUACCACUACUACGGUUACCACCAACACCACUACCACGAUUACAAGUGGCUUCAACCUGUAUGUGAGACCACCUGCAUCACCUUGGCUGAAUAACACUGGCUUGAUCAAUGUGGCUUCUAUGCCUUCUACCAUGACUGUGAACUCAAUAGUAACUCCUGUGAUGACUUAUGGUCCUCUGGAGAGUAUGGCGAACAAUUGGAACUAUCAGCUACAAGAACAAGAAAAACACUAUUUUUAUCAGGCCAACCAAUUCAAUCUUUGGAACCAAGCCCUGCUUGAGUCUGGUAAUGAGCUUGCUCUUUUGUACAACGAAGUGGAAAGAGUGAAAAUUGAUCAGAGCAGGUUGGAACAAGAAUUGGAUAUUAUCCUGUUCCAGCAGAAGGAACUGGAACAAAUGUUGACUCCUAUAGAGGAGCUUUUGAAGGAGCAGAAUGGUCCUCUUAAUAUGAUGUAUGUGAAUAAGGAGUAUGAGAUGAUUUACAGAUUGGCAGAAAUUAUAGAUGCUGAGCUGAAAAGGAUGUCUCAGGAUCUCAAGGACAUCGUUGUUUACCUGAAUUCACUGGCGCAUCCUGCUGAUGCUACUGAACAGCUGGAGCAGAUCUGCAAGAUUCUGAAUGCUCAUAUGGAAUCCCUGCAGUGGAUUAACCUUAAUUCAGGCGUAAUGCAGAAGAAGGUGGAAGAGGUUGCAAAUGCGGUUGAGGAGUACCGUCGCAAGGAGCAAGAAGCCAUGAAGGCUGCCUUUGAAUAACUAUCACUCCAAAUUGCUCCUUUUGGAUUAUUCAUUAACACUGAGUUCUGAUGAUAUUAAAUAGAGUAGUAUUUUCAGUUACUACUUAAUUUUUGAUUGCAAUAAUUUGUGCAUGCAUUUAUUUUUCAUUUAAAUACUGUGAAGAAAAGUAUACUUUUUUUUUUGUUUCAGAACGGAACAAAAUCUGGACACACCGAUAAUAAUGCUUACCCAGAGUCAAGUAACGCCAUUGCCCAGGCAGUUUCUCACUGGUAUUCAUUUUGUGUAUAAUCUCUGUCUUACUUAGAUUCUACAUAUGAUCGCCAGUACACACCAACUUCUUACUGCAGCUUAAUUGUGGGCAGUUGUUUGCCAAAAUGCACGUUACCCGGUCUUUACUGGGUUUUUGUGGCCAUUCACAGAAAGUGCUGGAUCCUGUAAAGUCUCCAGUGGAAUUUACUAUCUACUCUGAGAUAUAAUUUUACCUGUUAAGGGCAAUAUGGGCAAUGAAAACCAAGUGUACCAUAAAUUACAGCAAGUGUCUUUCAGGAGUUCACAGAAUGUAAUAUGGUUUUACAGAUUAGAGAUUUAAUUAGGGCUUUUAUUUUUCUUAUGGUACUGGAGAUCAAACCAUGUGCCACACUCUUGGAUAAUAUAUCCAGCACUGAAUUAUGGGUAAGGUCCAGUGAUUCAUUUACUUUUGACAAUAUACAGAUACCUCAGUGCAUUUGUUUUUAAAUCAAGAUCUCACUGUAGUCUAUGCUGGCUUGGAACUUACAAUCCUCCUGCCUCAGUUUUUCAAGUGCCACCAUCCCUACGUGUCCUGUUGAUUGUUAUCAUUUGUUUUGUUUUAGCCUAUGAUUUAGACCUGUUUGGUGUACUUUUCUGUCUUUAAAGAAAAAAGGCCUUUUAGCUCUUCAUUUCUUGUAUU